UCCACCCACAUGCGGCAUGCCCUUUUCCCCAAGACUCACUUGUCGCUCCCUCUUAAACCUCAACAAACCCAAAACCACCCACCACCUUAAACAAAUUCAUGCCCAGUUGAUCACCAACGGCCUCAGAUCACCCCCUCUGUUGGCCAAACUCAUUGACCAAUAUUGCGCCGUUUCAUCCUUCCCGCAUGCCCAUUUAGUGCUCGAACACUUCGGCAACCCAAACCUCUUCCUCUUGAACACUUUGAUACGCUGCGCUCGCCCUAAAGACUCAAUUCUUGUUUUUGCCAAUUGGGUUUCAAAGGAAGACACCUUUUUAGAUUUCGAUGAUUUUACGUACAUUUUCGUUAUUGGGGCUUGCGCUAGAACUCCAUCACUGUCCACAUUGUGGGAAGGGAGACAAAUACAUGGAAGGGUUUUGAGACAUGGGGUUGUGUCAAAUAUUUUGGUGCAAACCACAACGAUACAUUUUUAUGCCAAUAAUAAGGAUGUUUAUUCGGCACGAAGGGUGUUUGAUGAAAUGGCGGUGAGAAGUAAUGUUACGUGGAAUGCGAUGAUUACUGGGUAUUGUUCGCAAAGAGAAAGGACUAAGGAAUGUGCUCGCGAUGCAUUGUCGUUGUUCCGGGACAUGUUGGUUGGUGUUUGCGGGCUGAAACCGACUGAUACCACAAUGGUUUGCAUUCUUUCCGCGGCUUCUCAAAUGGGUGUGCUGGAAACUGGGGCUUGUGUUCAUGGGUAUAUAGAGAAGACAGUUUGUGUUCCUGAAAAUGAUGUGUUUAUUGGCACUGGUUUGGUUGAUAUGUAUUCAAAAUGUGGGUGCCUUGAGGGUGCUUUAUCUGUUUUUAGGCGAAUGAAAGACCGCAAUGUAUUGACUUGGACAGCAAUGGCAACUGGACUAGCUAUCCAUGGGAGAGGAAAGGAAGCAUUGGAGCUUUUGGAUGCAAUGGGGGAUUAUGGUGUUAAGCCCAAUGCAGUGACUUUUACUAGCUUGUUAUCAGCAUGUUGCCAUGUGGGGCUUGUUGAAGAAGGUUUUCAUUUGUUUGAUAAGAUGAAGAGUAAUUUUUGUGUCACGCCUGGAAUGCAGCAUUAUGGCUGCAUGGUUGAUCUUCUUGGUCGCGCCGGACACUUGAAAGAGGCGUAUGAAUUUGUAAUGGGGAUGCCGAUUGAACCCGAUGCCAUAUUGUGGAGGAGUUUGCUAAGUGCUUGCAAAGUUCAUGGGGAUGUUGUAAUGGGUGAGAAGGUGGGGAAGCUUCUCCUCCAGCUACAGCAGGAGAAGAGUGCUGCGGAUGUGAUUGUUAGGUGUGAAGACUAUGUAGCUUUGUCGAAUGUUUAUGCUUCAGCAGAAAGGUGGGAGGAUGUGGAGAUUGUGAGAGACGACAUGAAGAUUAAAAAGACACAGAACAAGCCUGGUUUUAGUUCAGUCCAGACCAUGAACAAAUUGUCUAUUCAAAGCAUUGUAGGCAUCAAGUGAACGAUGAGAAGCUAGAAUUAGCGAAAAGAAUUCAUCAGUUAGUGCCUUAUGGAAAUGAGAAUCUAAAUGCCACCUUUGUUCAUUUAUAAAAGAAAGAAUAGGGAAAGAAUGUUGGGCUAUUGAUGGUUG